UCGCGUCCUCCGGCAUCAUCACCCACCGCCGCCGCCGCCGCCGCCGACACAGCCGGAGCACCUUGACUGCUUGAGCGUAGUUUAGGAGAGAGGAUUCGAGGAGUGAUGUCGACAGAGGAGGCUGCCGCUGCGGCGACCGAGGUCCCCGCGACCGAGGUCGAGUCCGAGGCGCCGGCCGCCGAGGAGGCGGAGGCGAAGCCCGCCAAGGCCAAGAAGGCGGCGCCCAAGGAGAAGAAGGCCCCCAAGGAGAAGAAGGCGGCCAAGGAGAAGAAGCCCACCGCGGCGAGGAAGCCGGCCGCCCACCCGCCGUACGCCGAGAUGAUCUCGGAGGCGAUUGCGGCGCUCAAGGAGAGGACCGGGUCGAGCUCGGUGGCCAUCGGCAAGUACGUGGAGGAGAAGCACGGCGGGCAGCUGCCGCCCAACUUCCGCAAGCUGCUGGCCGGGCAGCUCAAGAAGCUCGCCGCCGCGGGGAAGCUGACCCGCGUCAAGAACUCGUUCAAGCUGCCGGCCGCCGCCGACGCCAAGUCCAAGGCGCCCAAGCCCGCCGCCGCGGCCAAGCCGAAGCCAGCCAAGGCCGCCAAGCCCGCCGUCAAGCCCAAGGCGUCCCCGAAGGCGAAGACCAAGACCGCCGCCAAGCCCAAGGCGGCCGCCGCCUCCCCCAAGCGCAAGGCCAAGGCCACCGCCGCCCCCGCCGCGGCGCCCAAGCCCCGCGGCCGCCCGCCCAAGGCCGCCAAGACCGACGGCAAGGCCUCCCCCGCCAAGGCCGCCGCCAAGAAGGCGAAGCCUGCCGCCGCCGCUGCCAAGAAGGAGAAGAAGGCCGCGGCGACGCCCAAGAAGGCCGCCGCGAAGCCCAAGAAGGCCGCCGCAUCCCCGGCCAGGAAGGGCGCGGCGAGGAAGGCCAAGAAGUAGACCCCCCUCCCUCCCGUCCGUGCUCGCCGGCGGCCGCCGCAUCCCCGGCCAGGAAGGGCGCGGCGAGGAAGGCCAAGAAGUAGACCCCCCUCCCUCCCGUCCGUGCUCGCCGCCGGCGACCCCGCCAUCCCGCCUAUAGAUGUUCUCCCUCGUUCAUCUGGAUUUUGCAAUCCAUUCGUCGUAGCUUUGUCUGAAAAUGGAAAUGGAAAUCAGUGCCUAGCUCUAGUAGAUCCCGUCGGUAGUAGCAUCAGCAGUAGUCGGUCUGUAAAAUCUUGAGGUGCCGGUCGCGUCCCGUCCCAUCGAUCGGCACGCUCCUCUCUCUUGCUCUGUAUGAUGAACUGAGUUGUUAUUAUACCAGUAAUGUUAUCUCCCGGGUUCGUCUGUC